GGAAGUUUCAUCGAGAUUUUUUCUGUCCUGGAUGAAGACACCAACCCUGAGAGUGUGCUGAACUGACCUCUGAGCCACCUGCCACUCACUGCCUGGCUCCUGCGGCCUGCACCAGGUGCUCCAGCCCCUGCUCUCUUUCAACGUCACUGGCUAACUGCCUCGUGGAUAUUUUGAUGAAAAUACCCAAGAGAGAGAAUUUGAUUGGCCCAACUCAUCCUUUGGAGCUGGCCUACACCUGUUGUAGGUCACUGACCAAUGACUGGAGAAGCCAUCUGGAAGCCAGGUGUCCAUCUCUCACUCAGGUGGCUGCAGCCAAGAAGCCAUGCUCAUCGCUCAGACACCCUUCUCCUUCCCUGCAGCCCACUUCCUCCUCUUUGUCUUCACGGCUUCCACCAUAUUUCACCUUCAGCAGCGGAUAGCGAAGAUUCAACCAACACAGGAGUUACAGGUGCCAGUGACGGAGAGCCCCACUAGCACUAGCCACCAGCUCAGGGGCAUGUGGACGGUCAACGUGCAAGGGCGUCUGGGGAACCAGAUGGGCGAGUACGCCACGCUGUAUGCACUGGCCAAGAUGAAUGGGCGGCCAGCCUUCAUCCCUGCUCAGAUGCACAGCACGCUCGCGCCCAUCUUCAAAAUCACCCUCCCCGUCCUGCACGGCGAUGUGGCCAGCCGGAUCCGCUGGAGGAACUACCACCUGAACGACUGGAUGGAGGAAGAGUACCGCCACAUCCCAGGCGAGUACGUCCGCCUCACGGGCUACCCCUGCUCCUGGACCUUCUACCACCACCUGCGCCCCGAGAUCCUCCAGGAGUUCACCCUGCACGACCACGUACGGGAGGAGGCCCAGGCCUUCCUGCGGGGGCUCCGGGUGAACGGGAGCCGGCCAGGCACCUUUGUGGGGGUCCACGUCCGCCGGGGGGACUACGUCCACGUCAUGCCGCGGGUGUGGAAGGGCGUGGUGGCCGACCAGGGGUACCUACAAGAGGCCCUGGGCUGGUUCCGGGCCCACCACCACUCUCCGGUCUUCGUGGUCACCAGCAACGGCAUGGCCUGGUGUCGGGAGAACAUUGACGCCUCCCGUGGAGAUGUGGUAUUUGCUGGCAAUGGCAUUGAGGGUUCCCCUGCCAAGGAUUUUGCACUGCUCACACAGUGCAACCACACGAUCAUGACCAUCGGCACCUUCGGGAUCUGGGCCGCCUACCUGGCUGGGGGAGACACCGUCUACCUGGCCAACUACACCCUCCCAGACUCUCCCUUCCUCAAAGUCUUCAAGCCGGAGGCAGCCUUCUUGCCAGAGUGGGUGGGGAUUGCAGCAGACUUAUCCCCACUACUCAAGCACUGACCCUGCCUACCCUUGGCUCCUUCUUCCCCUUUUCUAGCUCCCCCAAGAUCAGUUCCAAGGCACGAGCACAGUGUUACAUAUACCAGGAAUCCUCCCUCUUGUAUCAGGAUGCUUUGAAUUGAAAGCAACAGAAGUUCCAACCAAAGUGUUUCAAUGACGUAUUCAUGAAUCUCGUGCCACAGGAAGACCAGUGGUGGCACAUCUUCAGGAUUGGUUGGUUCUGCAGUUCCAUGACAUCAUCAGUGACCCCAGUUUCAUUCAUCUUCUUCCUUCCUCUUAGCCUGGCUCCCUUGUGGUCCGAAGAUGGCUGCCACACGUCCGAGUGACACAUGCAGGCAACCUCUUCCAGAGGCAGAUAAAAGAGGCUGUUCGGGAGAACCUAAGAUGGCGCCUAGGUGAGACAGGGCAAAAUAACACCUCCGUGAAAAAUACUAGAUAAAAAUCAGAAGGUGACCCAGAAUACCGGUUUCAGCGAUGCACCAGCUGGACAAGGUCUGCUAGAACCACAGAGGCCAUAUACUUGGUCAAAAUGGGAGUGUGCCUUCUGAGAUGAGUGAGUAAGCCAGCUGAAAAACCUGCAGCCACGCUGCAGUGUGGGGAAGCCAGGGGUUGGCAUUUGAAGAUGGACUGUUUUUUAAAAAAAAAAAAAACAAAACUCAGCAGCGGCUGCAUUUGCGAUGGUGAAAACCGCGCAGUGAAGCACGGCAGAAGCAGUCUGAGCAGGCCUCUCAGUGUCUGGCGUGGAGGCUAGCCUGCUGCAGAUUCCCUCAAGGCCAGGGGAGCGGAGGGGAGAGCCAGAAGGAGAAAGAAACACCGCUGCUUGCAGCUGCUCCCCAAUGGACUGAAGACACUCCUGCCCGGGGCCAUGCCCACAGCCCAGAGCAGAGCCAGUUGUCCUGGAGCUGGGAAGGAGGAACUGUGCGAGGAGAGGGGAGGGGUGGAGAUGCCCCAU